GAGAGAAGUCAGCUGUCAACUUCCUCAUUAGAAGCAAAGAAAUUGUGGAUUGAUGGGGUGGAAUGUACUAUGGAUUAUGGAUUCUACUUGCAGUGCACCGGACUUGAAACCCCUGAGGGGAGAAUCCAAACGUACCAAACCCAAAGGUACAGACAGCAACAAACCACCUUCAUUCCUCCUCCCUCUCCCUCUCCCUCUCCCUGUUUCGCUUUCUCCCUUUCAACAACAGCAACAACAACAACAACAACAACGCCUCCCUUUCUCUUGUCUCACCUGCUCGUUUACCGUCGCUCUUAUAAACUUCCUCUGUCUCACAACCCUGUCAGACAUUGGGCACCUAUUCUGAUUGUCAUCUUCUGUCUUUGUUUGUGUGUUAUACUUCAUCCAAUGGGCCCGUCAUGGACCCCUCACAACGCGAUGCGGAGCCUGCGUCAUUCACUGCGACUGUGUCCGAUAACACCAACACCACCACAAAAACAACUGCGAUAAACACAUCAAGUUCUACUUAUCCUAGAUCCUCUUAUGUUACUGCUACUCCCCCAACCGAUGCCUCUAUCAUCGCUACUCCGCAUCCACCAUCUCCCGAUCGUGUAUCGUCGCGCUUAUCGCCCCCCGAUCCCCCCGCGCGUUCGCACCCGCCCCCUCGGCGCAUCCCCAGCUCUGAUUCCCUGGCGGACGAUCGCCGCAAGUCCACCCCGAGCUUGAAGAAGCGCUCAUCGACCGCGUCGCUGCACUCCAACCGAGGCACCUCAGCCUCUCCGCGUCCGACCACCGCGUCGCGGCGCUCCUCCUCCUCGCCCUUGGGGUCAUCUCCGCCGACCGCCGCCGCCAGCAGCAUGCCCGCGGCCACCGCGCCGGAGCGCUCUCUGCCCACGGCGGCGUCGAUCGCAGCCGAUUUCCUGCAGAAGGAGAUGAAUUGGCAUCAGUCCACCGAUGUCCAGGCCUCCACCCUGGUGCUGCUACACGAUGCGUGCUACGGCCAUCGCUUCGCGCGCCCCCGCACCUCCCGCGCCGCCCUGAAUUCCAUCGUCGAACGCCCGGAGCGCAUCCAAGCCACCGUGCUGGGCAUCGCGGCCGCGUACGUGCACCUGGCGCGCCGGCAUGCCGGCGGUCGACACGCGCCGCACCCCGAACUGGAUCCGCGCCAGCUGCCCGUGCCGCCCUUCCAGAUCCGCCGGACCGCGCGCACCCUGUCGUUGCAGUCGCCCGUCGUCGCCCAUGUGCACGGGUCGCAGUGGAUGGAGGAGCUGAGGAGCAUGUGCAAUGCGGCGGAGUCGCGACUGGCCCUGAACGGCAAGGAGCUGGUUCGACCCCGCAGUGCGGGCAAGGACGGUGCCGCUGCUGCUGCUGCUGCUGCCGCCAACAACGCGCCCGCUCUUCAUGAAGGGGACCUCUAUCUCUGCGCAGAGUCGCUGGCGGCAUUUGAAGGCGCCCUGGGAGGCGUGACGGAGGCGGUCGAUGCGGUCCUUGGGACGAGCCCGACCAAGCGAGCUUUUGUCUGCAUCCGCCCGCCAGGUCACCACUGCUCCUCGGGCCACCCAUCGGGGUUCUGUUGGAUCAACAAUGUUCACGUGGGCAUUGCGCAUGCGGCGAUGGCCCAUGGUCUGACUCAUGCCGCGAUCCUGGACUUCGAUCUGCAUCACGGGGAUGGCUCGCAGGAGAUCGCCUGGGACCAGAACCAGAAAGCCGGCACCGCCGCCCGGAACGCGGCGGCGCACAAGAAAACCAUGGUGGGAUACUUCAGUCUGCAUGACAUCAACUCGUAUCCCUGCGAGGCGGGCGACGCGGACAAGGUGCGCAAUGCGAGUGUGUGCAUCGACAAGGCCCACGGCCAAUCGAUCUGGAAUGUUCAUCUGGAGCCGUGGAAGACCAACCAGGAAUUCUGGGACUUGUACACGACCAAGUAUAGCAUCUUGUUGGAGAAAGCGCGCGCAUUCCUACGACUACAUACGCAGCGACUGACCAGCGCCGCGAAUGGACCUCCGCCCAAGGCGGCCAUUUUCCUCUCGGCGGGGUUUGACGCCAGCGAGUGGGAGGGGGCUGGCAUGCAGCGGCAUCAGGUGAACGUUCCGACCGAGUUCUACGCCAGAUUCACGGCCGAUGUGGUGCGGCUGGCUAACGAAGAAGGGCUGGGGACGGACGGGCGCGUCAUCAGUGUCCUGGAGGGCGGCUACAGCAAUCGCGCGCUGACCAGUGGCGUGCUCAGCCAUCUGGCGGGGCUGAGCGAGACCAGGGAGACCGACGAGGACCAGCAGAUCGAUCGCUUGGCAUCUGAGAUGACCGAUCGUCUGGGCCUGUCUGACACCCUGCCGGUGGAUGUGGUCUCACCCCAACCUGGUUACGACAACGAGUGGUGGUCGCCGGGGAUGCUUGAGGAAUUGGAAGCGCUGGUGUACCCGCCGUUGGCGCCCGCCAAACCCCGGGAGAAAGCGGCGCCGACCUAUUUCCAACCCACCCAGUCCUUUACCGCUAAGGUGGUGAACCCCUCGCGCGAUCGCCGGUCGAUAGGCUCUUAUUACAGUGUUGAACCCGAGGCGCCCCCGCCCUUGCCGCCGGUCGGCUGGGCGACCUCCACCCACGAGCUUUUUAAAGUGUUGAUCCCGACGUAUCGGCAGACGACCAGCUGUCGGCCGGAGGAGCUGAACGCAGAAGCAUCGCGCUUGCGCCGGGAGCGGCAGGCGGCCACGGCGGCGGCUCGCAGCGCGACCCCCAGCGCCAAUAGCGCACCCCCUGCACCGCCGGAGGACAACCGGAUGAAACUGCGAGUGCGCAAGCCCAAGCCCUCAUUGCCGCCCAGCCCCCAGGCUGAAAUGCCGAAACGGCCGGUAGCGCGCAGCAUGCGCAGGACGACCAUCGAUGCCCCUCCGGAGCGGGGGCAGCAGACGUCACCUGUGGUACGGACUGCGCGGAGGAAGAGUGCGGUGGCCGAAUCGGUCGGCAGCGAUUCUUCCAAUGCGCGAGAGCUUUCCAAGGCUGCGGCGGUUGCUGCCACUGGUGCGAUCAGGGCCAGUGGCUCUCGUUCCAGCACGCCCCAACGUGAGGGUGCGUACGCUGCACCUCCUGUGCCUCGAGUGCCGCCGGAGUUUCAGCCUAGUCCGGAGAACAAGGAGAGCGAGGAUGAGAACAGGAACAAGGAUGAGAGCAGGGACGCGGAGAACAAGAGCACCAGCGAUGAUGUCGACAAUCUGGCUGCCGGGGUGCGCAAGUUGCAUAUCAAAUUGAAGGUCCCGUCCCCGGAAGAGAAUGCCGCGCGCGAGCGACGGGCCGCGGAGGAACGCAGGCGUGCGAAUGGGGCCAAGGUAACUUCGAAGACGACCAAGCCCCCUCGAUCGCCGAAGCGAGUGGGAGGGAAGAGCUCUGCCGCGUCUGCGGCCAAGGUGGCUGGUCGGGAUGGAGGUGUGGGGAGUGAGGCGGAUAGACAUCUGGCAGCAGCAGCAGCAGCAGCAGCUUAA